UAGUCUUUGCUGCAGCAGAGGGAAGCUUAAAAAAGAAAGCAAAUUUAGAUACAGAGGGACAAGAGAGGAUGGGAAGGUCUCCUUGUUGCGAUGAAAAUGGCCUCAAGAAAGGACCCUGGACUGCUGAAGAAGAUGAAAAGCUUGUCCAAUACGUCCAAAAACAUGGCCAUGGAAGUUGGAGAGCCCUCCCCAAGCUUGCAGGUCUUAACAGAUGUGGCAAGAGCUGUCGGUUAAGAUGGACAAAUUACUUGAGGCCGGACAUCAAGAGAGGGAAAUUUUCUCAAGACGAGGAGCAGACAAUUUUACACCUCCAUUCUAUCCUUGGAAACAAAUGGUCAGCUAUUGCGUCGCACCUACCGGGCCGGACCGACAAUGAAAUCAAGAAUUUCUGGAACACGCAUUUGAAGAAGAAGCUGAUUCAGAUGGGUUUUGAUCCAAUGACCCACCAACCAAGAACCGACCUCUUUUGCAGCUUGCCCCAUCUUUUAGCCCUUGCUAAUUGUAACCUUGGAGACCUGAUGGAGCGUCACCCAUUUGAUGAACAUGCUGUGAGAUUACAGGCAGAAGCUGCCCAGUUGGUCAAGCUUCAAUACUUGCAGUAUCUUCUCCAAUCCGCUGCUUCGACAACGUCCAACAACAUCACAGACAGGGAGACUAUCAAUUUGUUGAAUUCAAUUCCUACUAUCAAACAAAACCCAGUUUUAAAUUCAUUACAAGCGGAGAAUCCAGCACCAUUUUCUCUUGGAAAUGUUAUCACCCAACCACUCCACCACCCAAGCUUGUUAUCUCACCCGUCAGACCCACAAGUCCCUUUCAGUUUUCAAACAUCUUUCAACAGUCAAGGAGAAAACCCACCUGAUGACUCUUCAAGGGUAUUCCCAUUCCCCAUGAUCGAGGAGACAUCGAUAAGCAACCUCGGAGAUGUUAGUAGCAGUACGUCUAGCUAUGGAGGAGGAGCUUCUUCAUGCUGGCCUGAACUAUUUUUUGACGAUCAUAUUAUGCAUGAGAUUCUUAGUUAAUUAUUUCAGUUUUUGGGAGAUUUGGAGUUGCAUCACCGUACUGUAUGUUUGCUGUUACGUACUGUUUACUCUCGCUAUAAACACUUAUUGCAUGUAUAUAGGCACAUCGAGCGACCUCAUGCGUACACGACUAUGUCUAUGCAUUUAUAUGACACACAAUACCUGUUAUCUAUAUAGUUUGUGAAUAAACAAAACAUGUUGGAUGA